UACAGUUUAUUUUGUGAAUGUUACGGAAGAGCAGCUGAAAAAAGUCUGGUGCGUAUGUUUUUUGGAUUAAUUAAUUACACCAAAGUAUCGAUUAAUUAGUUCAAAGUAUUUAGAUUUUAGAUUAUAAAAAGAAAUGAAUGACAUAUAUAUUUACAAGGCAUCCUUUGAUGCCCUUUUUUGAAAUUUUUCCAUUAGUGAUUUACAAAAUUUUUCAGUACAUUGCGUAUAUUCUGGAAUAUUUCUACAAUAAAAAAAUAAUUGAUUCCGUAUGGAGGGGAAGUACUGAUCAUGAGGUCUACAAAUUCUCAUCUUCACAGUCGGUGACAUCGAUAUCUAAUAUCCAGACAGUGAUCGACAUGGAUCUUGUCCAGAACUCGAGAAAAAGCAUCUCGCCUUCCGAGUACUGCAAUGUCUAUAAUAGUAGGGUUGAACAGGCUGUUGAAGCGUUUAUGGAUAGGUUGGGGGGUAGACUAGGGGAGCUGGAAGUGGAGCUUCGGUAUGCAUGGAGAGCGGUGGAUUUGCUGUCCCAAGAGUACGUAAAAAUGUGGGAGAAAUUAGAACGGUUAGAAAUUUUGCUCUACGAGCAACAAAAUGUUAUCGCGCAAUUGCUUUCUGUUAUUAAAAACAGCGGGGAGGACCCUGAAGAGUAUCUUAAUACUAGAGGAGAUUCAGUGGCGAGUGAUUCCUCUCUUAAAGACAGAAUCCUCCUAAAGCAUCCUGAUUUAGGAUCCAACGUAGAUCUUUCUGAAAGUGACCUUUUGGGAGUAGGUGGAUUUAAUAACCAAGCGGAAGAAGGUAGCGAAAGCGAUCAAAGCAGCCUCAAGUGGGCGAAGAAAUACCCAGGUUUUCAUUAUGCAUCUAAAUAUGUAGACCCUUCCACUACUUCUGAAGCUUCUGAUUGGGAAGGUGCUAGCCAAGGCAGUCCCGCUUAUUUUCACUCCGAUCUCCUGCAGUAUCCCAGACGCGAAAUUUUCACUUCUUCAGACUACAAAAGUUAUCGUGGCACUUCACCUUGCAUAUCUGAGACAGAUAUGGCUGAAUUGGAUAGGCUUUCCGCCAAAUUACAGAAAGUAUCUGCUUCGGCUUCUGGCGUUACCUCUAGAGACGUUUACAAAACUCUUAGUCAUAUUCGAAAUAGUCCUUUGCGCAGGCGAGAUGUAAGUGCAAUGAAUGCUGACACAGAUAUUGCGUAUGAUCCCGAGAUCUUAUCGAGAAUGGACAGAAUGAAAUUUCCUACAUAUGAGGAAUUUGCUAAAACUGCAUGCUUAGAAGGAGAAAGCUCUUCGCUUGAUAUUCGAGCAAGCAAUGAGAGUUUACGAUACACACCUGAUUCAACUCUUAGUGCCAAAGAGAACGAUGAGAGGAUGACUUAUACAAAUAGAGGUGCCUCUUCUGCAUGGGCUGAUUCCAUGGGCGCUAGUCCUAAAAGAAAUUUAGGAAUGAUGUACAAUAAGUAUCCUUUAGAAUCUCAGACGAUUCCACCAGAAUCGACGACAGAUUCUCAGGACUAUAGUGCACAAAAUUACUUAGGGCACACUGUGGAGGAACGACAGAAAGGACAUGCAUUAACGCCAGUUACCGAAAUAAGCCCAGAAUACGCAGCUUCUGACACACCUAUAAACGGCGCUGGCUCAAGCCCGGCUCCUGUAGAAAAACUAGAUAGUGUUGCAGACGCCACCGUGUCUCCUUUAAGCCCUAGUGACAGGCCAAAAACUGUAAAAGCGGAAGUUCAUACGUCUGAUAAAAACAGGACUUUGGACACAGGUGAUGCAAUAUCUGCAGAUGAGCUAAAUGUUUUGAAAUCUCAAGGUGCUGGUUAUGAUGCUAAUGUUCUAGGGCAGUCGUAUAAUACUAACUCUUCUUACAAGGAAAAACCGCGGAGAAGUAAGGAACUCCCUCAAAUUCCAUAUCAGACAAAUAAGCUGAAAAAGGCAGACUUUUCAACGGGGCAGGAUGGAGCUUACCAGAAAGGAAGUAGUAAUACCUUACCGCCCCCGAAGUCCAGUCAUGUUCAGAAACAUAAUAAAAAAACAUCUCCAGCUCCCUGUCGACGAAAAUUACCCCAACCUUACAUUGAUAAAUCGGGAAACAUUACGUAUGACAGAUCGCAAGCCGUAAAGCCUGCCACAACCAUAGCCUAUACCCACGUGCUUUCUCAGCAAUGCAAAGUUCAAAUAUCAUCCAGUGACCUUCCUCAAAGUACGUCACAUCAAGUUUACAACUCAGAACAGUCUACUGUACCAAAACGAAGUAACUAUUUGUACGAAGCAGAAAAUGACGACAGCGUAGAAUAUGAUAAUAAAGAAAAAGGAAUUUCAGAAUUUUCUCCAGAGCAAAACGAGUCUUCUAAAUCUCGCAUGGUACCUGAAGACGGACAGCCUUAUGGUUAUGAAAAUGAUCCAAAGGUAUCUUGCUACGAGAAAUGCCCAAACUCUGAAAAUUCUGAACAUCAAAUUCUUUCAUUUGAAGAACUUCCGCGUACAGAUACUGAUGAUCAUUACCCUACUCAGUAUUAUUCGCAAUCAGAUCAAUCGUACGUAGCUGAAACAUAUGUAGAAUACCAACAUCCAGAAACCGACACGGGAUUUCCAGACCAGUCUUUUGAAAAUGAAACCGGUCAUUAUACUUGGGAUGAACAAACGCAAGAAAACUGGAGCCAUUCAGAUCAAAUGCUGUCUCAGUAUCCAUAUAGAGAUGAAAAUAUAUCUAACGUGCCAUCUUCCCAAUAUCAAAAUUAUUCUGAGCACCAAAGAGAUCUCUAUACUCCUACUGCUUAUACCAUCGCAUCUGCAAAUUAUGACACUCAGUGUUAUGAAAAUCAACAAGAAACUAGCUACAGUGAUUACAAAGAAAAGGAAUUGAAACCUUUAGAUAACGCACAAUAUCACGAGCCUGAUCGCGAGGCAGGAUAUACUGCUCAGAAUUAUGAAUAUUACGCUGAACCUGUGCAAGAGAACUAUUCAAAUUACCCUUGUGAAACAACCUCCCAACCAGAUACAGAACGCCCACCGCCUUAUUAUGCUAGUGAUAUAAGUUAUAGUGAAGAUAAAGAUAAUUCUGUUAAUUAUAAUGUCGAGGAGAGUAGAAAAAUUCCUCCUGAGAAACCUUUACGAGAACAUGAAAGAGUUGCAAAAGCCGAAAACUUAACAUAUUCAUCUCAACACAAAGGUUAUUCUCCACAAAAAUCAAAAUCCGAUCGCCGCCGUAGGCAAAGACAGUAUUCAGAUCCUGUAACUUCUGCAAAUGCUAUUCAAAGUCAAGCUCAGGUUAUUGUGUCAGGGCAUAUGACUCCAUCCACUAAACAACUGUCGACUUCAGCAACAUCUGUAGCUGAAGAUGCUACAUCUACUUCUAGUGGUGGCAUAUUCAGUGUAUUAUCUAACAAAGUAUCCAAAGGGUAUAAGAUGAUAAGUAUGCCUACCUUAUCAAAGAAAGAUUCUAAACCACCAUCAACCCAGACUAAUGCACCUAGUAGCAAGAGUGGAAGUAUGAGUAGUCUGUUUGGCCUUGACAGUUUUAAAAUGGGCUCUAAAUCUAAGUCUCGUUCAGAUAGUGUCAAAAGUGAAAGCGAGCUUUCUUUGUACGAUGAACCUCAAGCCGUAAUAGAUUACCAAGAAUCUUUGACUGAGCCAUCAAGUGAAUCGUAUCCAGCGCCAGAAGCUACAGGAGAUGAUCAUGAUGUAUUUUAUGGUGCACCGGAAUCUGAAUAUCAAGAUAAUAUCGAAAGUGAAUACCAUGACGGUGGAGAUUAUCAGGAAGAUACAGAUUACCAGGACGAAGAAUUUCAGGAUACAUCAGAAUUUCCAGAAGAAACUCUUGAUGACUAUCUACCUGAUCAUGAUGAAACAGAGACUAAAGAAGAAGUCCCCGCAAAAAGCGAAAGAACAAUGACAUUUGCUGAAGCAUCCAGAAAAGCAAAGCAGGAGCGCAAAAAAAGUAUGGCUGCUGAAGAAUUUGCUUCUUUAUUCCAGACCGUCUCCAAAGUACGGCAUCAUCCUCCUCAACCAAAGCAACCCGAAGACUCUGUAGAAUCCGCUGGGCUAACAUCUAGUAUGUCGAAUGAGUCUGCCUUUUUCUCUUGUGCCGAUAGCAGGCAAAGUUCAAUUGCCCAGUCAGAAUAUGGAAGCUUAGGUUCAGCGGAAUCUGUAGUGCCUUAUGAAAAAGAUACUACUGCAAAACAGGAUACUGAAUCUUUCGAUUCUUAUGUCGCGCAAAAAGGCCCUGACGAGGAUCGAGCAUCAGGCGAAGAUGGUGUGUCCCUUGCCGAAACGGUUGAGGGAUCUGUGGUUAGUGAAACCGCUGUAUCGGAAGAUACUGGUAUUCCUCCCAAAAAGGGAAAAAAAGUUCAGUUCGAAAGGAGUCCUUCUAUAGAAGAAUCUCAAGAAGAAGAAGCAUCUGGUGAUAAAUCAAAAAAAGCACCGCCUGGGAGUACCAAAAGCAAGUGGAUGAAAUUAGCGGAAACAGCAGUACGUGGCCGCGAAAUCAAUGAAUCAAGUGCAAGUGAAACUCUGGCAUAUGCUUCGGCAUUAGAAAGUGGAAAUGUGCGAGGAAGUUCUACAGAUGCAGUUCGUAGCUUAUGGACGAAGGAUGGCGGGCCAGGGGAUAAUCCAUUUUAUAGUAAUAUCGAUUCAAUGCCUGAUAUUCGACCCAGGCGUAAAUCUAUUCCUUUGGUCAGCGAGUUGGUGCUCAAGACCAUGGCAGCAACAAAACGAAACGCAGGUCUCACCUCAGCCGUUCCCAGGCAGUCCCUUAAUGAUGAGGAAUUGAAAACUCAUGUAUAUAAGAAAACGCUCCAAGCCCUCAUUUAUCCCAUUUCUAGUACAACUCCUCACAACUUCCAACCUUGGACUGCCACUUCGCCCACUUAUUGUUAUGAAUGCGAAGGCCUCCUGUGGGGCAUAGCUAGGCAGGGGGUGCGGUGCACAGAAUGUGGAGUCAAGUGCCAUGAGAAAUGCAAAGAUUUGCUCAAUGCCGAUUGCCUGCAACGUGCGGCGGAGAAGAGUUCGAAGCACGGAGCAGACGAUAAGGCAAACAACAUCAUCAUGGCCAUGAAAGAAAGAAUGAAAAUCAGGGAGAGAGACAAACCUGAGAUCUUUGAACUGAUCAGGGGCGUAUUUUCUGUCGAAAACACCAUCCACGCGGGGCACAUGAAGGCGGUGAAACAGAGCGUCCUGGACGGCACCUCCAAAUGGUCGGCCAAAAUUGCCAUCACGGUGAUCUGCGCUCAAGGGCUGAUCGCCAAGGACAAAAGUGGGACCAGCGACCCUUAUGUGACGGUGCAGGUCGGCAAGACAAAAAAACGUACACGCACAAUGCCUCAGGACCUCAAUCCUGUGUGGAACGAGAAGUUCUAUUUCGAGUGCCAUAAUUCUUCCGAUCGCAUCAAAGUACGCGUGUGGGAUGAAGAUAAUGACUUAAAGUCGAAACUGCGACAGAAGCUGACGCGAGAGUCUGAUGACUUUUUGGGUCAGACUAUUAUAGAAGUACGCACACUCAGUGGUGAGAUGGACGUCUGGUAUAACUUAGAAAAGCGAACGGACAAAUCUGCCGUGUCUGGCGCCAUUCGAUUGCAUAUCAGUGUUGAAAUCAAGGGUGAAGAAAAGGUGGCUCCCUAUCAUGUACAAUAUACAUGUCUACACGAGAAUCUUUUUCAUUAUUUAUGUGAACAAAUAGGAAGUGGUGAAGUGAAAUUACCUGAAGCAAAAGGGGAUGAUGCAUGGAAAGUAUAUUUCGAUCAACCUGCUCAAGAUAUUGUGGACGAAUUUGCUAUGAGAUACGGUAUUGAAUCUAUCUACCAAGCAAUGACACAUUUCCAUUGCCUGUCCACCAAGUACAUGUGCCAAGGAGUGCCCGCCGUUAUGAGCACACUCUUAGCCAAUAUCAAUGCCUACUAUGCACACACCGCUGCUUCUUCCGCCGUCUCCGCUAGUGAUAGAUUUGCUGCCUCUAACUUCGGGAAAGAGAAAUUCGUCAAACUUUUGGACCAAUUACAUAAUUCACUGAGGAUAGAUUUAUCCAUGUAUCGCAAUAAUUUCCCUGCAUCGAGUCCAGAGAAGCUUCAGGAUUUAAAAUCAACUGUAGAUCUUUUAACUAGUAUUACCUUCUUUAGGAUGAAGGUACAAGAAUUGUCAAGUCCACCUCGCGCCAGUACAGUAGUGAAAGAUUGUGUAAGAGCUUGCCUUCGAUCGACGUAUCAGUUCCUAUUCGAGAACUGCUACGAACUAUACGGUCGAGAGUUCCAAGUGGAACCCCAAGACAAGAACAGAGAGGGUGGAAACGAAGAUCAUGGACCAAGUCUGCACAACCUGGAUUUCUGGCACAAAUUGAUCGCGCUCAUGGUAUCUGUGAUAGAAGAAGAUAGAAACAGUUAUACUCCAGUUCUUAACCAAUUUCCUCAGGAGCUAAACUGUGGUCAGCUGAGUGCUGACACGAUGUGGAGUUUAUUUGCUGUAGAUAUGAAAUAUGCAUUAGAAGAGCACGAGCAGCACAGACUAUGUAAAAGUUCAGCGUACAUGAAUCUACACUUUAAAGUAAAAUGGUUUUAUAAUAAUUAUGUUAAAGACGUCCCUCUAUACAAAGAAGCAGUACCUGAAUACCCUGCAUGGUUUGAGCCAUUUGUGAUGCAGUGGCUCAAUGAAAAUGAUGAUGUCUCUCUAGAAUACCUCAACAGUGCCUUUUUGAGGGAUAAGAAGGACGGGUUUCUCCAAAGCUCAGAACAUUCUCUGUUCUCUAAUUCUGUAGUAGACGUAUUCACUCAAUUGACACAGUGCUUCGAUGUUAUUAGUAAACUAGAAUGUCCAGAUCCAGAACUUGUCAAAAGAUACAUGAAACGAUUUGCAAAGACGAUUGUUAAGGUGCUAACAGCUUAUGCUGAUAUAGUAAAGAAAGAAUUUCCAAACUUCAUCAGCCAGGAGAAAACCGCUUGUAUAUUGAUGAACAAUAUUCAACAACUGCGGGUUCAGUUGGAAAAAAUGUUCGAAUCUAUGGGCGGUGAGAAGCUUGAUGAAGAAGCUGCGAGUAUCCUCAACGAAUUACAACAGCAGCUGAACACUGUACUGGAUGACCUAAGCGUUGUCUUUGCAAAGAGUUUGGAAGGAACAAUAAGGGAAAGUAUGCAAGAACUGAGUGCAUUAUUAUCUGCCGUGAAAGGAACAGGCCAAGUUUCCAUGAAUCAAGUUUCUCAACGGAAUGAAGUCAUGGCUGAAGCUGAUCAUGUACUACAUCCACUCAUGGAUAUACUCGAUGGAAAGCUUUCCAUGUUCUAUCAAGUUUGCGAACGCACAGUACUUAAACGUUUGUUAAAGGAACUAUGGAAGAUUGUCAUAACUACUAUGGAAAAAAUUGUGGUUUUACCACCCAUAUCUGAGAAAAAUGUGAUACUACCUAACCUUCCCAAUGCCAAAAUAGAAGAUAUGGGUCGUCUUUUACGGAACCACGUCACUGCAACCACAAAAUUGCCUUCAGCCUUAGGAGUUAUGGUGGAGAAAAACUUGACGCCAAAACAGUGUGCCGUGCUGGACGUGGCCCUGGACACAAUUAAACAAUAUUUCCAUGCAAACGGCAAUGGCCUGAAGAAAGCCUUCCUUGACAAGAGUGCGGAAUUACAGUCCUUACGGUACGCCUUGUCCCUAUAUACACAGACUACAGAUACACUUAUCAAGACUUUCGUCACCACACAGACCAAGCAAGAUGCUCCGACUGCAGAGGAAGGUAGUGUGGGUGAAGUCUCUAUACAGGUUGAUUUAUUCACACAUCCUGGCACGGGAGAGCACAAGAUUACAGUCAAAGUGGUAGCAGCCAAUGAUCUAAAGUGGCCAAGCACCAGUAUGUUCCGCCCAUUUGUGGAAGUUAACCUUAUAGGUCCACACCUGAGUGAUAAACGAAGGAAACACGCUACAAAAUCCAAGAACAACAACUGGUCACCAAAAUACAACGAGACUUUUCACUUUAUUAUUGGGAAUGAAGAAGAGCCUUCCUCUUUUGAACUACAUAUCUGUGUUAAAGAUUACUGCUUCGCCCGCGAGGACCGUCUCGUCGGCGUGGCAGUGAUGCAGCUGCGGGACAUUAUCGAGCAAGGCAGCUGCGCUUGCUGGUUGCCACUCGGCCGCCGUGUUAACAUGGACGAGACGGGAUGGACCGUCCUGCGCAUCCUUUCCCAGCGCACCAACGACGAGGUAGCGAGAGAGUUCGUCAAGUUGAAGUCCGAAGUCCGAAACGACGAGAACAUUCCCGUUCAGUAAAUGCGGUCCAUUCUGAACUCACUGAAGAAGUAUCAUUCCUGAGGUCGACCCAGCCAGUUCGGAUGUGUGUAUCCAAAUUGCGUGGUACCGACCGGCUGGGUUGGGCAGAAGAAGCGCACGAAACCGUGCUCGGCGGGCGGCCUUGUUGUCGUGCGUCCAAACAAAAAUAAAAGCUGUUCUUCCGGCAUUUGCUCAUUUGACGAAACGUUAUUCCACUAUGAGAAUAAUUAACAUUUUUUCAUUCACCCCCACACAACACGAUGUUCUUCAAACAAAGUCUUCACUCUGGUGAAAAAAAAAAUGCUUUAAAUCUGUUGAUGUCUCUAAUGUCGAUGCAUCGAUUUUCUCUCUCUUUCAUCGGGAAAAUGCAAAAGCUGUGCUCCUCUGAGACAUUUCAUGUCCGUAGGUCUUGUUUCCAUCUCUGCGGCUUAAGCGGACAGAUAUGGCGAUCGGCUGCUUAUGCCUUGAAAGAGCCGUUAUCCUGAAACUACUAAUUUUAUUAUCCAAUGCCUUGGACGCAUGAUAUGCAUCAAUUUUCAUGCUUUAGCGGCAUCAGCAUGCUGAAUAUUCAGUAUCCUGACCGCAUGUUAUUUUCCAAAUUGAAAUGUCAUCUAAGUAUAUAGUUCAUUGUAAACUAUUUUUAAUAAAAUGUUUCACUUACCUUUCAGUUACAAUUCUAACUUUUUGUACUAUUAAUUCGUCCCAACUUCAGUUAACGUGUGAUAUAUAUGAUGUCUUAUUUGACAUUGAUGUGUAGCACAUUCUACGCCUUAAUGACAUGGAAAAGUCUCAUAUUGAAGUCUGCUUAAUAUUGCACUGCGGCAAAUUACUUUAAUUUCAAACGCGCAUUAUGUGUAAUUUAUGAUUCUAAUUUCUUAUUUUCCUAAUGUUAAGAUGAAUUUUUGUGGUAUUUAUAACAAUACAGUGCAUAUUUAUUAUUAAUAAUAACAAAUUAAUUUUAAUUAUGUUAUUAUAACCAUAUAUUACAUACUGACUGUGAAACUGCUUUAGAAAUCCCGAUAAUUCAUUUAUACUAAUACUGAGCUAUUCCCAAAAAACUCGAAGUUAAGUAAGUAAUUAUACAUUAAAGAUCAGGAAUCGUUAUAAACAGGCUCAUUAUUGUGUCAAAAAUAAUUAUAACUAUGUCAAUAACCUUUCAUUUAUAUAUAUUUAUAUUUCAAAGCACAUAUUCCAGACUGAUAAAAAAAUUGAAGAUAAGUUCUGUAAUGUUUCUAGACCGGAUUAAGUAAAUUUAUCAAUAGUUUUAUUCCGAAGUUAAAAGUUAAAAUUUUUUAUCAGUUGCAUUUUAUUUAAUUUCUUUUUUAACCCUUUUUGAUAGGAAUUUCAGGUAAUUAUUAUAUUUAAUUUGGCGAAAUUUCUAUGACUAUUCAAGAAAUUAAUUUUUUUAAUGAAAUUCAGCAAAUGAUUUUGAAUUUUUAAUCUGCUUAAAUUUAGCUUCGGAAUUUUUGAUCUGCUUAAAUUUAGCUUCGAAAUUUUUAAUCUGCUUAAAUUUAGCUUGCUUAAAUUGGAAAUCUGGCAGAAUUUGUAAAGUCAAAUCUUCAGGCUCCUACAAAUCCAGUUCUCAGUCGGUGCGUAGCCGUUUUAAAAAGUGGACGAUUGUAUUCAAAUAAAAGUUUUUAAAAGAAACCAACUUUUAUAUUAUUAAAUACUUAAAAAUAAGACCGAAACUUUUCAAUAUGAAAUAUUUCUUCACAUUUCAUACAAUUUUAAAAAGCCUAAGUGAAUAUAAUCCGUAAGAAUUAUCACUAAUUCUAAAUUAGAUUUUAAUUUCGUAAUUUUAAUUUUACAUUUCUCUUUGCUGCCUUGAUAUAAAGGCAUAUUUGAGAACUUAAUGUCAACGUCAUCAGUAAACUACGCACGUCUUUCUACCACUUUGUACAGCUGCGGAGGUGGAAUCGAGUCCUCAUCUUUAGUGAAAUUAGACUUUUUCGGAAUCUCUACUCUGGAAAUAGUGUUGCGUCUGUAAAAAAAAAAAAAAAAAAAAAAAAAAAAAAAAAAAAAUACAAUGAAGAUCCUAUUUCGGUGUAUGGCAAACUGUGUCUCAUAAUAAUAAUUGUUAUCUGUAAUUUUUCUUGAGCAUACAUUUUUUUACCUACAUAUAAAUAUAUACAUAUGUAAAUGUAAAUGCUAUGUCAAUGCAUUAUUGUAAUAUAAUUAAAUUACUAACUGGGAGAUAGAGUAAAAGUAGGCAAAAUACUUUAUUCACUCAAUGUACAUGUGAUGAUGAGCAGUCUUAAUUAAUUUUGAACAACUAUAUUAUUUUCAGAGCCGGAUUGAGACGUCGUGCAAAAUCAUUAAUUGGACUCAUGUGUUUAUUUAUGCUUAUAUCUCUAAAAUUAUUUUAUGCUCCUGCCUGCAGUGAAUUUUUACAUACAUGUAUAUGUACAUGCAUAUAUUUUUGUAAAUUUAAGUAAAUUUAAGAGUAUAAGCAAAGAUACUUCUUCAACGAAUAAUUCCAAAAUUACGUAAUUUUGAUGAUGUUUCUUAACAUACACGCAACUUCUUUAUCUUAAGUAUCGCCAUAUCAUGCAUAAGAUUUUGCUGCCUGAUACGCAUGCUGUUUUAAAAAAUGGCAUAAUCUAAUAUAUUUUGCAGUUUAAAUUUUAAACUUUUUCCAUAUUAAUUAUACUACAUAUGCCAUAUUCUAUGUGGCAGUAUAAUAAGAUAAUUUCAUAUCAUCUUUGCCAGCAUGUGGAAAAGCAUUUUAAUCGCUUAUAAAUGUUUGUUUUCAUGUGUGGUUGUUGUAUCGUGCAAUGACAGUUUAUUUUCAAUACUUUAAGAGGCGCUGAUUCAUGUGCCGUCUUUCCCCCCCCCCCCGCUUCUAUCGUCAGAUUUGUUGUAAGCAACUAAUAAUACAGGUUACAAUCGAAGUUUAAGGGAAUAAAAUAUAAAUCAACAUUGUAUCUCUAUUUUAAUCUAAUCAUUGUGUCAAAAAAUAAACUAAUAAUUUAAUAAUUUUUAACUAAACUAUUUAUUAGUAAUAAAUCAAUUAACACUUAAACAAAUAGUAGAAUUCUGUAGGCAAUUUUCAUUUAUUUUUAAAAAAUUAGUUUUGUAAUUAUUUUGUAAAUCAUUUGCAUUUCGACUGAAGAAUCAAGAAAGAGAACAUGUUUUUUUAGAUAAGACAUCUGAAUCCUUAUCAAUCUCUAGAAAAAUUAUUUUGUCCGGAAUGAAAAAACUUGUUUUAUUGUUUUCGAAAAUGUAUCUACUCUUAGGAAGUCUUCUGUGCGAAUGUAAAUGAUUCGGAAUGUUAAUCGUAAAGCAUAAUCAUUGCUUUUUGUUUUUCCUUUGUGUUUUCUUUAAAAAUCAUAAUCAAACAUUUUUCUUACUCUUAUACGAGAAGUAACCUUAUCAGAAUAGGCAACGUUUAUGAUAAUACAUAGUUGUGAAAAAAAUAUCGGGCAACUCUUUAUGUAAAAGGACUAUCUCUCCUGUGUCCGUAGUAUGAGUUCAAUUGUCGAAUUCAUCUGACAUUCUUCUUUUGGUCAAUCCUAAACAGCUACUAUGCACUAUUCAGCUUUGAAGAAACUCUGACACCGUAAAUGAAAAAGGUCGCUUGAACAGCUUAUUAUAUGAAAGAAUUUUCGGUCUGAUAAGGCCAUUUUGAACUCAGACACAAAUCUAAAAUGUAGGACACAAGAGUUUCUGUUAGAUGCACAAUUUAAACAAUUUAGCUUAAAAAUAUGAAUCAUUUUUAAUAAAAUAAUUAAUAAAUGUAACGAUAACAGUAACAAGAAAUUCUUUCGCUUCUUUUGCUUCUAUAAGUUCCUUUAAUUCUUCGCUUCUGAUAUUUGUUCAUUUCUAGCAGUGAAAUAUAAAUAUGUUUAAUUUCAAAAGUCUGAAAUUUCAGAUGCAAACCAAUUGAAACCAAAUGCAUUUCUUUGGGUGAAAAGAACAAAUUUAUUUGAGCAAAUUAAUUGCUGUUGAAAUUCUAUCCGUAUUUUAUACAUUAUGCAGGCAGAAUAAAAAAACAUUAAUUCAAAAAUAAUAAUAGAAUGGCGCAUUUGCAUGUUAACUCCUUUUAUUAAAUCAAAAUACAUAUUAUUUUUAAGUUCUUCUAUUAUAUAUAAUUUAUAAAUAUAAUACUUACAACAAACCAUAUAAAUUUAAUUUCAAUUUCAUAAAAAUUGAAUCGAAAGAUUACUGAUUACUGUCUUGCCCCUGGGGGACCUGUUGCCUUGCAUUAACUUUAAAUUCCUUUUAGAGCAGCAGAAAUCAUGAAUAGAUGGUGCGUAAAGCGCCCAGAAAUGGACCCCUAUCAGUUGAGUAUUUUAUAAGAACUAUACUUGAAAGCUUUAUAAAUAAAAUCUGCUAGCAGACAUCUUAAUCUCUUCUUACCUAUAAGCAAUCAUAUUCGCUUUUCGAAUUCUUUGAAGUUGCCAUUCAUUGAGGAUUAAAUCAUUAAGUCUUUCAAAUUUUCACUGUCACCAAAUGUGAGUAACUUAAUUAAAUUCUAAGAACGCCUUUGACACUCUUUUUUUAUAAUCCGGCUCUGAAAAGAAAAAAGAAAAUUCCUUGAGACUGUAAGCAUGAUGUGAAUUUCAGAUUUAUAUUUUUUAUAUUGCAUCAUUGUGACGGUAGGGGCUUUAGAAGCAGCGAGACUGGUUUAAGUGCUUCUCUCGUUUAAGUGACUCUUAAUAGUUCUGUGUGCUACUGUGUUUUUUCACUUUUACUGCCACUACCACACUCUUGUCACCAGCACAAGAUCUACUACAAACUCAUGCAAGCCCUUUCACAAUAUUACAAAACUACUGUGCCAAUAACCAAUAUAAAAGUGCAUGAGAACUGCAAAUUCCUUUCCAUGUGGGUGAACAUACUCCAAAAUAACAAUAAAAGUCAUAAAAUUGGGAAUGUGAUAUUUCUAUUUGAAUAUCUAAUGAGUUGUACUUUGUAAUUACAUGGUCUUCAAUUUUUAUUAAUUUCCUUGAUGCUGCAUUUGUUUUUAACCCUUUGAAUCUAAACAUUUUUCCAGCAUGAUAAAUUUUCGAUAAUAAAUAACUAUAAUCAAGAUAAAUUUUUAAUUAUUGUUAAAAAUUUAUUUUUAAGCAAUUCGUAUAAAAUAAAUUAUUUGUGAAUAUUUAUUACUGGGAAGUAAUUAAUGAUACAGAGAUAAAAAUAACUUCAGUACAAGGAUAUUUUUAUUAUUUAAACGUCAUCCUUUAUAAAAGCCUUGAAAAUUGUCACCUCCAUAAUAUAUUUUGCAUUUGUAUUAAAAUUUCUCUCCACUUCUUUGUUACCGAGCAUGACUCAUUAAAAUUUAAAUAAAUCAAUUCGCUUCAUCUUUCUAAUAAGAAUUCAAUCUAUCCCUACUGUUUUCUUUUUUGAAUAUCUCAAAUAAUUUUAUCAAUUCUGCGUUUCAAAAAUUUGUUAAAUAAUAGAUAAUAAAAGAAUAUAAAUUCUCUUUGAAGAAUUGUCCCCAUUUAAUUGUAAUUCAUUUAUUGUCAGUGAAAUUCAUUAGUAUCAUAAAGACUCUUUGAGGUACAGAAAUCAUGCUAUUACAGUUCAAGGGAUUAAAUACUACAGAUGCAGCAAAACGUGUUUUAUAUUGUCAAGUUGUUCAUAAUCUGGAACUAAAAUUCAUUUUAAUGCUCUUAUAUAUAUGUACAUGUCUAUGCAUAUGUGGCACAAAAUUUUUUUCUAAAUAAAGAAUUCGUUUUUAAACCUUUUUCUGCAUUUACCAAAGUAAAAGUCAGUGCAAAUGUUGUAUCCUUUUUUUCAUAAUAUUAUAACAUCGAAUAUGAAGUUUUUUAGAUGACACUUAUUUAGGUAAACAACUAUGCAAAAUAAUAUAAUAUCGAAGUUUUAAGAGCAAUGAAUUAAUUCAUUGUUUGAUUUCACUGAUAUUUACUUACACCAGUUUUAUGUAAUAUAAAAGAAAUUUUUUUAAUCGAAAUAAGCGAAUUAUAAGUUAAAAUGCAUUUCUUUGCGUAUCAAAUAGUUAUUAAUAAACGGAUAAAGAAUACAGUUUGUUUAUGACGAAUAUUUGGUUUAAUCUAUUUUGGUUUGCCUUUUUAUCGUGUUUAUUUUUCCACGGAACGUAAGUAAAUUAGACUCAUAUGUUUUAAGAAAUGAUUCAUUUUUGUAUGCCAUAUAUUUUAAAUGCUCAUUGGUAAAAUAAUUUCGAAUUUUCUUUUGAAAUCAUUAUUUCAUUAUGCGAUGAUGAUAUUCAUAGGUAAUUAAUAUUGCAAGUUUCAUAUUUAUCUAAAUUCAUAAUUGUAUUAUAUAUAAAUACAUAACGUCAGAAUUGAGAUUUAUUAUGAUUAGAAUUAUUCUAGUCAUUUUAAAUAUAUACCUUAAGCUAUGGAAAAUUUAUACUUUCAGUAUUUUAAAUACUGUGCUUUGUUUUUAAAUUAACUGUGAUUGCAUUGAAAUGAGAGAGAAGGUUUCAGAUUUAAUUAAAAUAGCAUUUUAAUGACUUUUUAUCAUUGUAUUUACCAUUUUUUAAUCCCAGAAAUUCUUGGGUUUAUCUUAAUAUUAAAAUUAUAUGCGAAGCGAAAUUUUUAUUAUUGCAGAGACCUUAUAGUUUAAAAUGCAGAAUGUAUAUAUUAACAGCAAAUGAAGAUAUUUACGUUAGUAUACUCUUUGGUGUUUAUUCAUUAAUGACAAAUAUUAUGACGUUACUGUCUUCCCACGGAAAUCGCAAUCAUGAGCACAAAUAUGCGUGCAGUAUUUAGAUUAGUAUAUUUAUUAAAAAGGGUUGACGGGUACGGUUGAGCUGAUGAAGAUCGCGCUUCCCGUGGUUGGGCAGUAAACAUCAGUUAUCAAAAUUUUGCAUGAUUCAGAUAUUAAAUAUUUUUUACUUAAUUUUGAAAGUUUAAUUAGUUUCCGUUCCCAAAGAAAUCUUAUUAAUUUGAAUUUUGAAUGCUUUUGAAGUAAACGAUUUUCAAGAAAUAAAUGUUUCAUUUAAUACUGAAACAUUACUUUGAAGAAAUUUUUCUUCUUAUUGAGAUACGUUUUUAUCACAUUACUAAUACCUUGCCUAUCAUUGAGCUUUAUGCUUUUGUUAAAGCAUAUGAAAAAAGAUGUUUACUUCUGUGUUAUUUCAGUGUUAUUUUUACUUACAUACCGACUUUAAUAUUUAGAGCCAAAUUAUAUUUGAUGACUUAAUAGCAUAUAUUGUUUCUCGUUUCGCGGAGCAUUUUUCUUUCGUUUAAUAUCACUGUUGAAAGUAAAAGGGGUUUUAUAAAGGAAAUGCCUAAAAUGUUACAUAUCAGAAACGUAUUCCCUUUAAAAUUUUCUAUUUAUAUGCUAUAAAUAUUUUUGCGCUCUCAUGCAACCCAGAAUAUUUCCUAAAUAUAUUUCACUAUCUUCAAAUCAAAGUUUAUGCAUGAACCAAAUGAAUUCUGUUCAUUUUGUACUCUUCUUUGAUGCUCAAGAUAUCCUUUCUGUCCCAAGGGAAAAAAAUGAAACAAAUAUUUACUUCAAUCUAUUGUAAAUAAUGCCUUGUACAGUUAUUGUGCGCUUUGUUAAAGCAGCUCGGAGAAAAUCAAAAUGCAUGAAUGUGCAAUACAUUUUUUCAAAAAAGUAUUAAUCAAAAUGUGUCAUUUAAUUCAAAAUUUUUGGACCAAAGUAUAUCAUGAUGAAUGAGAAAUAUAUCAGUUUAUAUGUUAUGGUACCUUUAAAAGUGUAAGGCAUUUGAAUAUGUGACGCGAAUUUGAUGAAGUAAGUCGGCAUUCAAUCUGCUGUUUUAUCCGAUAGAAAACAGUUGUUCAGAUAAUGAAUGCUAAAAUGAACUAAAGAGAAAUUGUAGUUUGUUUGCAAUUUGACAGGGGUGCGUAUAUAAGUAUUCUUUUAAAGUGAAAACGUAUUAUAUUGCAAUUAUGAAUCACGUUUCUUAGAAUGUAUUACGCAGAUAGUAUUAAGUCGAUCAGAAUAUUACAUAUUUGCUUCUGUUUACUUACGGCUGAACCUGUAAGUGGCCAUUUUUUUCUGAAAUUUGGCAAAUGAUUAAUUUUUAAGAAAAGUUUUAAUUAAACAAUGUAUUAUUUUAAAAUCAAAAUUCUUCAUCAGUUAAGAAAGAAUUAUGAUUUUGUUGUUGUUAUAUUUCUAUAAUUAAGUUUCAUUGUUCUAUUAAUAUUCAUUUUGUAAGAAAUUAUGUUUCUAUAAAUAUUGCAUUUAUAUUACAACUACUGGCAACUGGGUCCAAUUUGAACAUAGUUAUUAGUUUCUCUUCAUAGUUUAUAAUGGAUCUAAUUUAAUUGUUUUUGCUAUUGAUCAGUUGCUAAAUUUAGUAAAAAUAUAAUUUUGCAAUUAAAGUUUAUAAUUCUAUUAAAAUUAAGAUUUAUACUUACGGUUAUUAAUUUCCACAUAUUUUUCGAAAAACUUUUUAUGUUCACCUCUUCUGUCAAAUAAUAAACACAUAAAAUCGGGUUUUAACUGUUCGAAAAAUUUCAUUUAGGCAGGUAGAAUCCAUCCUAUUACUAAAUUGUAUAAUUUGUACAAUCAAAAUCGGAAGUGAAGUCAAAUUCAGAAAAUGAAACCAUUACAAUUCUGCCGUUGCUUUGUCCUGUGCAUUUUUUUUUUUUUUUUUUUAAGAUAAUACCUUUUUAUUUGUACUUACUUUUGUAAAUAUAUGUAUGUACUUAUUAUUCUUGUUAUAUCCAUUUCCUACGUAAGAGUUUUUUUAGUAAACAUUUUACGAGUUUUCUAUAUCUAAGAAACUUGAUUCUGAAUCAUAAUUUGAAAUAUGUGUUUUGUAUUAUAGUAAAACAGUAAUGAGAUGGAAUUGUGAGAGUGUCUGAAUUUUCAUCAUAUUCUUUAAAUUAAGAAAUUAACAGUAGUUCUUAUUAUGUUAUUAUUACUUUGCUUUUCUUAAAAGUAUUCAAAUGAAAGUAUUACUUUUUUUAAGAAAAAAGAUUCUAUGCUGCUGUGUUGGAAACUUUAAAGCAGUUACUGUGUGAUAAGAUGAACAAUUGUUGAAUUUUAAGGUGUUAAUUAAUUUGUAACUGUUUCACUGUAUUGUACAUAUAUAUACUUCUAUAAAUAAAUAUAUAAAAUAUAUAUCUAUACAUAA